AGAGACUCUCCGACAGGCACUGAGGGUGAUUGGGAGGAAAGAGGGUAGCGAGAGGUUUGUCAUGGGGAUCCGAGCUAUGAGACGGCAUCGGUAGCAUCUGGGGACUCCGAGGGGAACAGGAAGUGUCAACGCCCGGGACCCCGGCGCCAGCUCCGCUGGGGGGAUCCCCGCUGCUCCAGUCCUGGGGAAGGAGGGAGAAAGGAGGGGGCACUGAUCUCGCCCCGCCCCUGGGCUUGUUACCGCGGGGGCGGGGAGUGAGGGCUUCUCUUGGGGGGAGUGAAGAUCGGGGGACUCGGCUGUGCCCUCCUGAGCGGCUGCCGGUGUCCCCGCCGUGCCGGGCUGCUAAACGCAGGAGCCGCGGCGGCCGUGGCUGUUGCAAGUGUGGUUGCUGAAUGCGGAGGCGGCGGCGGCGGCGGCGGCGAGGAGCAGCGGCGGCGGCGGCGGCAAGAUGUUAGGGCAGCAGCAGCAACUGUACUCGUCGGCCGCGCUGCUGACCGGGGAGCGGAGCCGGCUCCUCACCUGCUACGUGCAGGACUACCUCGAGUGUGUGGAGUCGCUGCCCCACGACAUGCAGAGGAACGUGUCUGUUCUGCGAGAGCUGGACAACAAAUAUCAAGAAACAUUAAAGGAAAUUGAUGAUGUCUAUGAAAAAUAUAAGAAAGAAGAUGAUUCAACCCAGAAAAAACGCCUACAGCAGCAUCUUCAGAGAGCAUUAAUCAACAGUCAAGAAUUGGGAGAUGAAAAAAUUCAGAUUGUCACACAAAUGCUCGAAUUGGUGGAAAAUCGGGCAAGGCAAAUGGAGUUACAUUCACAGUGCUUCCAAGAUUCUGCAGAAAGUGAAAGAGCCUCAGAUAAAGCAAAGAUGGAUUCCUGCCAACCAGAAAGAUCUUCGAGAAGACCCCGCAGACAGCGAACCAGUGAAAGCCGUGAUUUAUGUCACAUGACAAAUGGGAUUGAAGACUGUGAUGAUCAGCCACCUAAAGAAAAGAAAUCCAAAUCAGCCAAGAAAAAGAAACGCUCCAAGGCCAAGCAGGAAAGGGAAGCUUCACCUGUUGAGUUUGCAAUAGAUCCCAAUGAACCUACAUACUGUUUAUGUAACCAAGUGUCUUAUGGGGAAAUGAUAGGAUGUGACAAUGAACAGUGUCCAAUUGAAUGGUUUCACUUUUCAUGUGUUUCACUUACCUAUAAACCAAAGGGGAAAUGGUAUUGCCCAAAGUGCAGGGGAGAUAAUGAGAAAACAAUGGACAAAAGUACUGAAAAGACAAAAAAGGAUAGAAGAUCGAGGUAGUAAAUGCCAUUCACAUUUUAAAGGGUUAUUUGUCUUUUAUAUAAUUCAUUUACUUUCAGAAGAUGUUUUAGGGUAAAUGCAUAAGACUAUGCAAUAAUUUUUAAUCAUUAGUAUUAAUGGUGUAUUAAAAGUUGUUGUACUUUGUCUGUGACCUUAAUUUUCUGCACUGAAUUACCAAAUAUUUUAAACCAGGUAGUCUUCAGAUCACCUGAUGUAAGGAACAGGGAAUAGGGGAGAGGGUGGUAUGAACAUUACAGAAACUCCACAAACCAUGCCUAUUUCAUUUCACUUAAAACUGCAAUGUUAUUUUUAGAUAAGCACCAAAGUUUUGCUAGCAUUUUAGUUCUACAUGCUUAAAAAAAUUUAGAUAUUGUUGGAUUUCUCAAAGCAUCAAAUUGUCUUGGGUAAUUUAAAAUACGAACACUAUACAAUUUAGAGUUUUUUUUCUCCCUAGCCCCAUUUAUACAUAUACUUGUUCAUCUCUAGUUUUCCAGGAAUUCAAGGAACUAGAGAUAAGAAUAAUUUGGGAUUCCAUGUGGAAUAAUAUGCUCUUUAUUAGAGUAUUUGCUGCUGUAUUUUCCUUAGUAGCAUUUUGAUACACUGUCAGUAGCCCAUUUGUAAAUGCCUUGCUGCUGCUUCAUAGAUACAUGUAAUCUAGUGCUUAAAAAGGGAGGUUGUUUUUUGUUUAUUUGUUUUGUUUUGUUUUAAUUGGGACAGGUAAGAGUAGUUAAAAUACCAAAAAUACUGCUGUUGGCUUAUAUUGGCAAUAUUUGGGGUGUGCAGUAUCCUAGUUCAAGGUUGAGCAAUUUUAAAAAUGCAUCUUACUUAAUAUUUUUCAUGUGACCCACUGCUGGGAUACUUAGCAAUAGGCUGUCAGUGGAAAAGGGGCAUAUAUGCUAGUCUUUAAAUACUACCUUUAUGUCAACAGUUGUUUUAAUAGCUUUGCUAAUUGUGAUAAUUCAUUCUGUCCCAAUCAGUGAUUAUACAUUAUUUUAAAUAAUAGUGUAUUUACCUUCUUAACUUUCUGGUAUUGGUGCUGUUUGAUGUUUUCACCUUGAAUGAACUAAUUUCAUUAUAACAAUACAAUUAAUAAUGUAUUUGUAAAUUGAAUUUUCCAAGAUUCUAGUAUUUUAAGGGUAAGCAUCUUGAUAGACAUAUGUCCAUAUAUUUAGAGAAUUUUUUUGCUUUUGGGGGGGUGGGCAGUGGAUUGGCCAGUCCUUUAAAACUUUGUGUAAAAUAUGUUUUAUUCCUUAUUUCUUCCUAAUCUGAUGAUCUGGAUUCUUUUUGAUUAACAUGUGAAAAAUCUUGUCUCCGUGUUUGGAAAAAAAAUUGUUUUUUUCUCUUCGAGCUCUCCUGUGUGACUUUUAGGCAUGUAAUUUUAGCUCCUCUGGGUAUCAGAUCACUCACCUGUAAAAUGAGGUUGGCUUAAUUAUCUCCAGGUUCUUUUGAAACCCAUAGUUUUUAAACUGUGGUGAGAAUUGUAGGAAAUUAAUAAUGAAAUGACUUGUUUUUCUUUUUCAUUAAUUUUGUCUUUCAUUCUGAGGUAUGAAGACAGACGUUUAAAGAUGGCCGUAGGGAGGAAGUAAAUGCACAAUAUUUGAUUAGCUUCUGUCCUGAGGAUAUUUUCAUUGAUAAUAGGAGUCAGUUGAGUAUAUUACUUCUUGAGUGGGAAAUAUUAAACAGCAUAAUUAAGAUUCACAGUUUAUUUUAUUAUAGCUUGGUUGACAGGAUUUCUUUACUGUCUUGAAUAUAGCAUUUUGUUUUAGCAGUUACAGUCUUGUUACCCAGAAUAGAGCUAUUGACCUGACUCUAUUAAAAAUAUCAGUAUGCCCAAACCCUCCAAAAGGUUUCAGAUAUGAUGUGGGGGAAAGUCAACACUUCUUCAUACCUAAAUUUGUCUCAACUUGCAGAAAAAUAUAUACUUCCAAAUAGAAGUGCCCAACUUUGGAUUAGGCUUGAUAAGAGAAGAAACCUGGAAUAUCCUGGAAGAGGAGCUCUGUAAGACCUAAUGUUUGAAGCAGUAUUAUUUUUAUGAAUUUCUUUUUGUUUUAUAUACUUAAUAGGAGAUAGUCACGUGUACAUAAUAUUAUGACUAGGAUUUUUUUUUAAGCAUUAUAGAUCUCAAAUACUAUUUCAUAUCAUGGUUACCAACUCAUACUAUAUUACCAGUGCUUUCCAAAUUUACCUCAUGGUAGAAUUACCUUAGGAGCUUCAAAGAAUACUGACUUCUGUGCCCCACUGUCAGAAAUUGUGAUCUAAUUCAUUUGGAAUGUAGACUAAGCUUUAGAAUUUUUAAGAUCCCCAAGUGAUUCUAUGUAUAGAAAAGCUUUAGAACCGCUUCUAUAUUUUGAAAAUUUGAACCUAUUGAAAACUGCUUGUGGAUUCCUAUGUUCAGAUUUGUGCAACUCUGAAGCAUAUAUACCAUGUAUGUACUGAUACAUAGAUUAGAGUUUACCUCCCACUCCUAACAUUUUCACUAUCAUGUAGCUGUGUUCAUUUGUUCAGCAAAUACUUCAGUGUUUCUUAUAUGCCAGGCACUAAGCAGUGGUCAUAUAAAAAAGAAAAAGUGUCUCUUGUUCAUUACUACUUCCUAAUGGGAGAGUCAGAUGUAUACAAUGUCAGGUAUGGUAAAUGCUAAAAGGAAAAUAAAGCAGAGUAAGACGAUAAAAUGAAUGGAAAGGAGGAUGAAUCUUUUAAUUAUGGUGAUUAAAGAAGGUCUCCCUAAGGAAGUGAUCUUUGAGCAAGAACCAAAACAAAGUAAGGAAGUGAGGCCAGCAAAGAUUUGUGGGGUGGAGAAGUAAAACAAGUUUGGCAGUUUGACUAGAGCAGACCGUUUUAACUGAGAGUGGAAGGGGCUAGAAAAUAAAGGCACUUGGAAGCCCUGGUAGAAAAUUUAGGAAGCCAUUGAAGGGUUUUGAGCCAUGGUCUGAUUUAUAUUAUUAAAAGAUCACUCGAUGUUACAGAGAGAACUUACUGUUGGGAGCCAAAGUGAAAAUAGGGAGAUUUAGGAAACUCAAAAGUCUCAACACUAAAAAUGUUGGUGGCUUAUACCUGGGUGGUUAACCGUGGAAAUGGUGGUGAGGGAUAGGACUCUGCCUAUGUUUUGAAGGUGGAGCCAACAGGACUUUGGCUCAGGAAUUCGAAGGCAAGGGAAAGAUAAGGAUGAGGUUGAGGUUUUUGGCCUGAGAGCAAAAUUGAAAUUUGUUUUGCGCUUAGGUUUGAAAUACGUAAUAGCUCUCUAGUGGAAUCCUCUGUAGAGUCAUACAUGAGACUGAAAUUGGCAGAAAGGACAGGAAAUAAACCGUUGGGAGUCAGUCUGUGAAUGGAGUUAAAAGUCAUAUGGCUUAUCAGUACUUCUCAAAUUUUCAUAUGCAUUGAAUCACCUGGUGAUUUUCUUAAAUUGCAAAUUAUGAUUCAGUGGGUCUGGGUUGGGGCUUGAGAUUGUGCAUCUUUAACAAGCUCCUCGGUGAUGUUGCUGCUGGUUCGGGACCGGCAUUUUGUGUAGCAACUGUGCAGAUCCAAAAGCUGGAGCAUUGUGCCCUGGGUAAGCCAAUGUUUAAAUGGGGGAGGAGCCACAAAGCCCUCCCGAGCUCUCUGUAAGUACCCCCAAAACAAAGUGAAAAAGUGUUUAAAUAAGAAGAGACUGAUCAAGUGCUGUUCAACUAAGAUGGUUAACCAUUAGAUUCAGGAGUUGUUGAGUUUGACAAGCUGCAAGUUUGGAGGAUGAAGGUGAUUUCAGUGGAGACAGCAAGUAUAGAGAACUUAUGUUUUGAUGUAAAAGGGAACAGAAAUGAGAUGUAGCUGAGGAGGAGGUAAGCUAGGGGAGGAUUUUAACUAUUAAGGAGAUAAUAUAGCAUGGUUGUAUGUUGAUUGGAAUAUUCUAUUAGAAAAUGUCAGUGUAGGGAAGAUGGGAUUAUUUCAGCUAUGAGGGAGUGAGGUCUAGGGCUCAUGAAAGAGUAGUCUCAGAUAUACAAAGAGACAGUUCAUUAUUGCUGUCAAUAGGGGAGGUAACAUUUUUGUCCAUUUAUUCAAUUAUUUAUUGAGCACCUAUUAUUUGAAUGGCAUUGAUUUAGGUACUUGGGAUAUAGCAGUGACCAAAAAUAAGACAUAAAUCUGUAACUUCGUGGUACGUAGAUUCUGGAGGGAAUGGAUGUGGUUGCAGAUAGAUUGCUCAAUUUGGCAUUGGGGAAAUGAGACAGUUCUCUCCUAAAAGCUUCCACUUUCCCGGUGAAGAGCUGAGAUGGGGGAAGGGAUGUUGUUGGAAGCUUGGAAGAACUGCUGAGAGGUUUGUGUGAACUAUCACCUGGAGAGUGGGAAAGUGAAUGGACCAGAAAUGCCAGUCAGAGCUAAGGGUCAGCUGGAGUCUUUGGGCAUAAUUUCAAAUGAGCAAAUAAUUCAUUCUGUUACUUGGAGGCAGGUAUGAAGAAAGAACUGAGAGAGAUAGACACAAAGUAACUUAGAAUUUCAAAAUUUCUCUACAGUAAGCCAGAAUUGGAGCUCCCUAGUCCUUUUAUAUACCCAAAAGGGGGCUUCUUCUAAGGGCUAUGGCCUUCUUAGCUCCAUCUGAAAUUCAGAGGAGCAAGUCUUUAAGGAGCAGUUGAUAUAAAUAAGCUAGCCAGCUCUUGAGCUCUUUCUGAAUCAAGACCUUACAGUUUGAAGUCACUGAAAAUAUACUUUAAGUAAAGUGCAAAUUAGUUUGGAGUUACCUUUACUAUGAUUGCCUAAACUCCAUAUAUCAACAAGAGAACCAAAGCUCCUUUUUCAUAACCUAUUUCAGUGUGUGGGAGGCACCCUGACCAGGGGUCUAGAGACAGGGACCCUAAUCUAUGACCUCAGGUCACUUGUCCUCCUUGGCCUGCAAUUUAUUCAUCUGUAAAAUGAGUGAUUUAAGACACAGUUAUGCUAAAAGUGUUUUUAAUAUCCAUACCGCUUAACAUUAAUCUUAAGAAUUUCUCAUGGUCAUAAACUUACUAAUUGGGUAGUUUAUAAAAUAAUAGCUUUUAAUUCAUGUAUCUGGUAACUAGACUUGAAGGCAAGGUUAUCUCAACUUCAGACACUAUAAGAACUAUCUUGAUGGAUUUUGCCGUUUCUACAUAUCAUUCUACUUUAACUUUUAUACUUAAAAAUAUUAUUUACUUAAUACUCUUCUUUAAAUCGAUUCACUUUUUGAUUUAAAUUUAUUUCAAAAAGGAAGCUUUUCAUUUUGGUAAAUGGAAAAUUAGUAUCACGCUCUGCAAAUAGAAGACUACCUUAAAAAUAAUGAAACAAGGCAGUGUUACUACAUGGUAGUCAAGUUACUAUGUCCUGUGAAAAACCUGAGCCCAAAGCCUACCCUCCCUUUAUUAAAAGGGUGAUAGUAAGUAAUAUUAGACAAGGUAAAGUAUCAAAGUGAAUCUUUCUGCAUGAUGUAGUCAAAAGGAUUGAAAGGAAUUUUCUUAAAUACUAACUUACCAUCUCACCCUGGGAAACCCUUAAGCAACAAAAGGUUAAACCACUGCGGUUUCUGACUAUCAGUAUAAAACAAACAUUAACAUUUCUUAAUUUGAAGGCAUUAAUCUAGCUGUAUUACUAAUGGAUGUUGAGUUUAAAAAGGUUUCUGUAAACUCCUAAGGUACUGACCAGCAUUUGCUACAUCAGUAUUAGAGUGGCUGGCAUUAUCCUGACCCCACAGGAGUUUCUAGUCUCGUCUGUUUUCUAAUCUAAGAAAAAGUAAACUUUAGUUCCUACAGUGCCUCCCUUGGGGAGUUCAGAGGUUUCCUGGGCCAGCCUUGUCAUACCAUUGCUUUUGGAUUCAGCAUUCCAGACCUGAAAAAAUCCUCAGAAUUAUCCUCAGUUGUUCGCUAGUGGAUUCUUGAUUUGGCAGUCUCCAUUGUAAGAAAAACAAAUUUUCACUCGAAUUUUAAAACAGAUUCGACAACAAUAACAUAUCUAAGUCUGUCAUAAACACUGAAGGAAUGAGAUUUUUGGUAUAGCAAUGUAUUUUGAUAAUUUGGAUAGCUGUGCACCUAUAAGCACUAAAGUAAUUUUUCAAAUUUUAGUUGUAUUGGAUAACAAUUUUCCUGCCUUCUUAAAUAUGUCCUUAAGUUCUUGGCAAAUAGAUAGGACAUAAAACAAAUAUUUAACAUUUUCAUCCUUUGACUCAGCAUCAUGUUAUGAUAUAGUAAUAUCCUGAAUUCUUAGUCCAAUAUGGAGGACUAUUUGCCUCUGUACUUGUUUCAGAAUGGUUUUAAAAAUAAAUUUGGUUGCUUUUAAAGUUUUUCAUUCUUCUUUGCUUCUAAAACUGUCUGCCUAGUAGCUUGUAUCUCGCUUUCAGUCCAUUGUGUGUUGAAAAGCAUUUGGUCAAAUUUGUGUCUAGAUUAAGAAUAAUAGAUUCUAUGAGAGGACCUGGUACUUGAGCUUGAAGUAUGGUUUGAUUUUUUAAUAUGUGGAUUUCUCUUAUUGCUCUGUUGUGCCUUUCUAAUAAUAUCUGCCAAAUAUUAGAAAUGUUCUUUUAUGAUCUUUAUAGCACAUCUUGCUUUUUAGUUGCAAUCUUUCAU